CGCCUGCCGGCUGCUGUCAGGUGUUGCGUUGUUCUGCCGCAGUUUUCUGGCCUUGUGCGUCUUCUCGUGCGUGUUGUUGGUGUUUCUUAGUAAUAUCUAGCAGUGGACUGUAGUGGUGGUUAGCUGUUAAUCUUUCUGCAGUUUUGUGGUGCUUUUUAGACGUUCGACAUGUCCGCAAAGGAGAAUCGCGGUGGCGGUCAAACAUGUUGCGUGCCCGGCUGUAGCAACAACACAAGAAAGGACAAAAACAUAUCAUUCCACGGAUUCCCCAAGGACAACAAGCUGAAGCAAGAAUGGGUGCGCAGGAUAAAUCGGCAAGGCUCGGAAGGACGAUUUACCUUGUGGAAGCCUUCAAAGCACCACAAAAUAUGUGGUGCGCAUUUCAACACAAGCGGGCGCAAGGGAUACAUGGAUCGUCUCCCCACGAUCUUUCCACACCGAGUGUAUGCAGAACGGACACCUGCUGUGGUUACGGGCGCUGGGAAACGACGCCGUAUAAAGCGCGUCGUGGCGAUGUCGCAGGAAGCCUAUAUCCAGGACGAACUCUGCAUCUGUGGCACGGUUGAAGUGGAAUCUCAGCAACACAACCUCUCAGCUACUUCACCUGUGCUUCUUCCAGCUGCUUCUCCAUCAAGCAUGCAUCCCCAGCUACCAGCAGACUACGACCAUAUGUAUUCCAUGGGACCAGCAUCAGAGGCAGCACAUCGUUACCAAGCAAGGGCUGCAGAGCUUGUAACUAGGUGUCAACAACUACAGCAAGAGAAUGAAAAGCUGAGACAGAAUACCAGUUUCCUUGAAGAAGAAGUAGCUAAACUGCGUUCUUUGCUGCACAAGGAAAAGACUGGGAGGGCUAGAGAUAAGCAGACAACUAAGCAAAGUUCUCAUAUUGAAGACUUAGUCAAGGAUGACAAGCAGCUUAGGUUUUACACUGGCUUCUCCUCACUGAAGCGCUUUGAAUGCUUCGUUGCAUUUAUCUGUUCCAAGCACAGAACAACGAACUCGCCAGCUGGCCGACGACCUAUGCUUAGUGUGAGGAACUGCUGAUUAUCUGCUUGUGCAGGUUAAGAGUCGGCCUCCUAGAGCAGGAUAUAGCAUUCCGUUUUGCCAUAAGCACAUCAUUGGUAAGCGGCAUAUUCUCUUACUGGGUAGAUUUCCUGAGUGAUGUGCUAGUUCAGAUCCCAGUGUGGCCAUCACGUGAAACUGUGUCUUCGUACAUGCUGCAGUCUUUCAGGGCUCUCUAUCCUUCAACUCGUGUGAUACUGGACUGUACAGAACUUUUUAUUGAGACCCCAUCUGAUUACACUGUGCAGAGUGACACAUUCAGUGCCUACAAAAGUCACAAUACAGCAAAAGGCCUGCUGGGGAUAACACCUAAUGGGUUUAUCUCCUUUGUCUCUGACAGCAGCAAAUAAAAAAAUAGGCUCUGAAAGGCCUGUGAUCCCAAAGCUGUCCAUAUCAGCUUAUUAUACUUCAAUACUACAUUUUUAAAAAUUAAAAGUAUUCAAAUAAAGGCAUGAUAUGUUACAGAAAAUGUGUGUCAGUUUGCAUGUUCUACUACAUGGGAAAGGAACAGGUACUGCAGUGCAGUAUUCGUCAAAAACAAGCUUUACUUCUCAACACAACAUUGAAAAGAGUAAGGAAUGUGAACACUUAGUAUGCCUGACGCAUUGCAUGAAUACUGCUGAUGUUUUGUAAAGUUUCACUCCUUUUACAGCUCUAAAAUGACUAAACAACCAAACUGCCCCACAACCAUCUCAAUCUGCCCACUUUUAUUGUGGAAGUGCUUUUGUGCUGUAAUGAAACAACAUGCACAAAAUAUUUAAAAUGGAGCAUAUGCGGGUAGAAGGGAAGAACAUUGCAAUGAAAUAAUUGUUUACACUAUGUAUUGCAAAGAAAUAAGGAAUCUGAGCACUGAACAUAACUACAUUGAGCACGCAAUUUGAUGAAAGUUGUAAGCUUAUCACAGUUCUGUAAUGAUUAGCAUAAAGAAAUUGCAGUUUUUGUCCGUCACUUAGUUUUGUACAUUGUUACACAACGCAUUUCUGUACUGCACUGAAAAAAACAUACAAUAAAAACAAUAUGGCACAAGUGGAGAACAAUGCAAUGAAAAAAUUGCCAAAAGCAGACUGCAAAUGAAUGAUACGUUCAGAAGUGUAAACACUACUGUAUUACCUCUGUGGAAAAAUUAAAAACAAAAUGCACACACAACUCUUGUUUGUCUUAUUCCAACUGCAAAAAUACUGCCUCUUGGCUGUUUACAUGGUUUAAUCAGAAGCAUUGAGAUCUAGAGGCCUUUUAACAAAAACUGCUCACCUCCAUAGCAAACAGUCAUAGUGCACAUGCAUUAGGGAAGCAGUGUGACUUCCAUGUGUUAAAAAGUCUGCUGUGCGAUAUGAGCGCGUGUUAAAGAAACCAUAGUUUGUCUGAAUUAAUCAGAAAGCCUUUCCGGUGGCCGGGCGCAGUCGGAGAGGCGGACGGAAAGACGCGAGCGCGGCGCGGCGGCGCUCCGUUUUCCCAGAGUGCUUUGCGCGGCCGCUUGGGGGCGCGGCGGAAUUUGUGAAAAGGU